CCAAAUCAACAAAAAGAAAAAUCAAAGAACAAAAGAAAGAAUAAUAAUGUCUCCAGCAGCAUCAACUAGAUGGUGCCCAACACCAGAACAAGUGAUGAUCUUAGAAGAAAUGUAUAGAGGAGGUGUAAGAACACCAAAUGCAUCUCAAAUUCAGCAAAUAACUGCUCAUUUAUCUCUUUAUGGAAAGAUUGAAGGUAAGAAUGUUUUUUAUUGGUUCCAAAAUCAUAAAGCUAGAGAUAGACAAAAACUUAGGAAAAAACUUCUUGGUAAACAACUUCAACACCAACAACAACAAUUGAUGUUUUCUCAUCAUGUUUUCCCUCCUUUUGAUCAUCAACAUUUUCUACAUAAUCCUCCUCAUAAUAAUCUCCUCCAUCAUCUUCACUUUGAUCAACCACCACCUCCACCACUGCCGCCAUUACCAUCAUGUUGCGCUCCGACGCCGCCUUCCGGCCUUGGGUUGUUUCAUCAGCAUCCUCAUGUCAAUUCAACACCUUGCUUUGGUGCUCAUCAGGCACGAGCAGAAAAUGUAGUCCCACGGAUGACAGAUACAUGCACUUGGAAGAUGGAUGCUUCAAAUGCAAAGUAUGGAAGGGGAAACGAAUCAAAGCCACUGAUGAGACCAAUGAUCACCAAUGAUCAACAUGAAGAUUGGAUGAUGAUGAUGAGAUCAGAUAAUGAUGAUGAUGAUCAUCAUCAUCAUGACCAUAAUGAUGAGUGUUCUACUAGAAGGCCCCUAAAAACCUUGGAGCUCUUUCCUAUCAAAGACAAGACCUCACUAAAGGAAGAUACUUCUUUUGUAUGACAAGUAUGAUUUAAAGUUACCCCUUAAGAAAAAAGUAUAAGUUCGGAAAAUUUGCAAAAAAAAAACUUUUAAAGGUUUAAUUUUGCGACAAAAAACCUUUUAAAGCAUUCUGUGCGAAAAAAACCACAAACUUAAUUUUUCUUGCAAGAUGAAACCUAUUUUCAUUUUUCGGUGUGGUUUUUGAGAUACAUAGGGGGUGGUGCUGCAGUUAAUGAAGAUAGAGGGUCAAAGGAAGAUAGAAGGAUCAAUGCUGGAAUUGAGAAAAAAAAACACACCAAAAAUGGGAAUAAGUUUCUUCUUGCAAGAAAAAUACAGUUUGUGGUUUCUUUUUGCAAAGAAUGCUUUAUUUAUAAGUCCGCAAAAUUGAACCUUUAAAAGGUUAUUUUGGCAAAUUUUCCUAUAAUUCAAAAUCACCCUCUGAAAAUUAAAGUAUGAUUAAAAUUAUAUUUUUUGUUAAUUUCUGUAAUUUGUCCUUCAAGUAAUUAAUUACUCUCCAUCCAUUA